CGGCAGCGGGGAGGGUUGAAUAGGGGGGGAUCCCCAGGAUUUUUUAACACCGAAUUACCGGGGUAAAUAGUCACCCAAAACGCGAGGAAAACCCGGACACAAAAGGCUCAGCACCACCUCGACUCCGAGCCAAGAUGUCGGAGGAGGCGGUGCGUCAGACGCGCAGUCAGAAGAGGGCGCUGGAGAGGGACGCCCUGCCCGUGGAGCUGGACAGUAAGAAGGUGAAGCUGGAGAGUAGCGAGGCCGGAGGCGGGGCCAGAGGAGGGGAGGACAGGGCGCGGGCGAAGGCGGAGUCCGCCGGCAGGGUGUCCAGCAUACUGAACGCGGGGGAGGUGAAGGCCACCAUCAAAGUGGAGGUUCAGGCUGGAGACGGGCCCGUCGACAUGAGCACCUCCAAAAGCAUGAAGAACGAGCGGAGGCCGCCCUCCCCGGAUGACGUCAUCGUCCUGUCGGACAACGAGCCGUCGAGUCCCCACAUGAACGGGAUAAGCCACUUCUCCAGGGAGGUGGACACAGAGAAGCUCCUGAGGAGCAGUCCAGAGGAGCGGAACCGCAUCAUUAAGCAGCUGAAAGAGGAGCUGCGCAUGGAGGAGGCCAAGCUGGUGCUGCUGAAGAAGCUGCGGCAGAGCCAGAUCCAGAAGGACUCCUCUGUGCAGAAGCCCACAGGGUCGUCCAGCUCUGUGGCUACACCGCCCCCUCUGGUCAGGGGCAGUAUUACAGCCAACAAAGGGUCACUGCAGGUGGUGUCGGGUCGGAGUUCGGGCACCGUCAUCCCCCCUCCCCUUGUCCGGGGAGGGCAGCAGGGCUCAAAGUCCGGCUCACAGAACUCGCACAUCGUCAUGCCGCCUCUGGUCAGAGGGGCACAGCCCAUCUCCGUGUCCCCCCAGCAGAUCCACAGCCUGCGGCAGCAGUCCCAGCAGCACGGGGGCUCUGGCCCCCCGCCUCUGCUGCUCGCCCCCAGGGCCACCGUGCCCAGCGUGCAGGUGCAGGGUCAGAGAGUCAUCCAGCAGGGCCUGAUCCGAGUGGCCAACGUGCCCAACACCAGCCUGCUGGUCAACAUCCCGCAGGCAUCCCCCACCACCCUGAAAGGCUCCUCUGUGACAUCACAGACAGGCUUGACUGGCGGCAGCGUGUCAUCAGUCAGCGCCAACGACUCUCCUGCCAGCCGCCAGGCUGCUGCUAAGCUCGCCCUCCGCAAGCAGCUGGAGAAGACCCUGUUGGAGAUCCCGCCUCCUAAACCCCCUGCACCCGAGCUCAACUUCCUGCCCUCGGCCGCCAACAACGAGUUCAUCUACCUGGUGGGGCUGGAGGAGGUGGUGCAGAACCUGCUGGAUGUGCUGGGAAAAGGGAAGCCUCAGACGGCCCCCUUCCCCAAAGACCCCUACACCUGCGCCCAGUGCAAGACGGAUUUCACCAGCCGCUGGCGUCAGGAGAAGAGCGGCACCAUCAUGUGUGAGCAGUGCAUGACCUCCAACCAGAAGAGGGCGCUCAAGGCGGAGCACACCAACCGGCUGAAGGCGGCCUUCGUCAAGGCCCUGCAGCAGGAGCAGGAGAUCGAGCAGAGGAUCCUCCAGCAGCAGGUCCCCUCGCCUGCAUCCCACGGCCCCUCCUCCUCUUCCUCCUUGUCUUCUUCGGUGGUGAAGACGGAGCAGGUGCUGGUGUCGCAUCAGAUGAAGCAGGCCCGCGCCUCUUCCAUGCAGCCGCAGCAGCACAGCCGGGCCACGACCAUCAGCCGCCACCACUCCACCAUCAAACAGAGCCCUGGCCAGCUUUCCAGAAGCGUCCAGCCCUCGGGCACGCGGGCGGUCACCCACACCUUCUCGCCGUCCUCGCAGCUGCAGAACGCCGUUGCCGCGGCAGCGCUGGUGAGCAGGCCAGGUAAGCAUGCCAGGCGUGCAGGGUCAAAGGUCAGCAUGAGCAGCAGUGACCCCAUCGCCGGUGCCUGGAGGAAGCAGAACGCUGUGGCCACAGGGGUCAGUAUGGCAUAUGUGAACCCCAGCCUCACGGCACACAAGAGCUCCUCAGCAGUGGACCGCCAACGCGAGUACCUCCUCGACAUGAUCCCCUCCCGCUCCAUCUCCCAGACAGCCAACACAUGGAAAUAAUGCUAACAACACUCCUUAUUCUUAAUGAGAAUAUUAGUAAUAAUCGUCACUAUCGUCAUAGCGAACGACAGCUCCUCCUGGUAAAAAGCCCUAAGACAACCUGCAACUGCAAACCCAAUAAUAAAAAAAAAAAAAACCCUCUCGGCUUUCUGUCUGUCCCUCUGUCCCUCCCU